AUGAUUUUGAUGCUAAGCUAUCUGCAGCAAUUCUCGCUGUCUGAGGAAGUGAGUUCGCCCUUUAAACAGUUUUUCGACGAGUCAGAAAAAUAUAUAUACCAAGAGCAGAAAGAAAACUGUAACAACGACGAUUUGCUGACUGCAGAUGACAAAAUCGGCAACGAACUUUUCCCCGAGUUUCCAGGGAAACCAACUAAAGAAUUCUUCAAUAUCGAAGGAAUUGUUUUGCCAGCUGAAGCAGAGUUGCAAGUGGAUGAAAAGUGGCCCACGGAUGUUCAAAUUGCUGUGAAUGGCGGCGAAUAUUUUGGGUUUGUGCGUUCAAAUGGCAGUUUUGUUGUGAGUGGAGUUCCUCCAGGAUCUCACAUAGUAGAGGCCUAUCAUUCGGAUAUUUAUAUUCCUCCAUUGCGUUUGGAUAUCUCAAGCAGAGGCAAAUUCCGAGCACGCAAAUUGAGUCACAUUCGACCCAAGCAAGUCAUUAAAUUGCCUUAUCCACUAUAUCUGAAACCCUUAAAGCGUCGCAAGUACUUUCGAUUGAGGGAAACAUGGAAUAUUAUGGAUUAUGUGCUUAAUCCGAUGGUUCUUCUUAUGGUUGUUCCUUUGCUGUUGAUGUUGAUACUGCCUCGUUUAAUUAGCGAUCCCGAAACCAAGCGCGAAAUUGAGAAUAUUCAAAUUCCAAAGAUACCGACUGGAGUUCCCGAUCUAAGCGAUAUGCUGACCUCUUUACUGGCGGGCAAAAAACAAUCUGAGCUGCAGCAAAAAACAAGCCCAAGAAGCGCUAACAAAAAACGUAACUGA